CCCGCCGCCGCCGCCAUGGCCGAGGCCCCGCAGCUGGUGGACAUCGACCCUGACUUCGAGCCGCUGCCGCGACCCCGCUCGUGUACCUGGCCCCUGCCGCGGCCGGAGUUCAACCCGCCCAGCUCGGCCACCUCCAGCCCCGCGCCGUCCUGCGGAGGGCAGCCCGACGGGGCGGCCGCGGCCGGAGCUGCCGUCGCCGUCGCCGCCUCCGGGGCUCUGAGCGCCGACUUCAUCAGCAACCUCUGCCUGGUGGAGGAGAGCGAGGACUUCGCGCUGCCGCCCGCCGCCGCCCCCCCGGAGCCGGCCGCCUGCCGCUGCGGGGACUUCCCGGCGCCCGAGGCCGGCUGCCGCCUGCACCCGCCGGGACCGCCGCCGGUGCCACCGGUACCUCCGGCCGUGGCCGCGCUGUCGCCGGGCCCCGUGGCCGGGCAGCCCCGCAAGAGCAGCUCGUCGCGCCGCAACGCCUGGGGUAACCUGUCCUACGCGGACCUCAUCACCAAGGCCAUCGAGAGCUCCCCCGAGAAGAGACUCACCCUCUCCCAGAUCUACGAGUGGAUGGUCAAGAGCGUGCCCUACUUCAAGGAUAAGGGAGACAGCAACAGUUCAGCCGGUUGGAAGAAUUCAAUCCGUCACAACUUGUCCCUGCACAGCAAAUUCAUCAGAGUGCAGAAUGAGGGAACAGGGAAGAGUUCCUGGUGGAUGCUCAAUCCUGAAGGAGGAAAGAGUGGCAAGUCUCCUAGGAGGCGAGCAGCAUCCAUGGAUAACAACAGCAAGUUUGCAAAAAGCAGAGGCAGAGCAGCCAAGAAAAAAGCAUCUCUUCAAUCUGGUCAGGAGGGAAACGGUGACAGCCCUGGAUCUCAGUUCUCGAAGUGGCCUGCAAGCCCCAGCUCUCACAGUAAUGAUGACUUUGAUAACUGGAGUACAUUUCGACCUAGAACUAGCUCUAAUGCUAGUACAAUAAGUGGAAGACUUUCUCCUAUUUUGCCAGAGCAAGAUGACCUUGGAGAUGGAGAUGUGCACUCCAUGGUGUACCCAUCAUCAGCCACCAAAAUGACUUCUACUCUACCCAGCCUUUCAGAGAUGAGUAGUUCAGAGAACAUGGAAAAUCUUUUGGAUAACCUUAAUCUUUUGUCACCUAAUACGUCAAUGACUGUAUCAACCCAGUCGUCAUCUGCUACACUGAUGCAGCAAACACCAGGUUACUCAUUUGCAUCUUCGACCACAAGUAUAUGUUCACCAAAUCCAGACUACAGGAAAUUUACAUAUGCUCAAGCUAGCAUGAACUCUUUGCCCCAAAUUCCUAUGCAGACUCUUCAAGACAGUAAAUCAAGCUAUGGAUCGAUGAGCCAAUUUAACUGUCCUGCAGGACUUCUGAAGGAGUUACUCACUUCUGAUUCUCCUCCGCACAACGAUAUCUUGGCAUCAGUAGACACUGGUGUUUCCCAGGCUGGUGGCAGGGCGCUGGGCCAAGGUGUACUGAUGGUCACUAAUUCGGUGAUGCCAACUUACGGCAAUCAGCCACCUCACAACAAAAUGAUGAACCCUAACGCCCGCCCUCACCAAGGACAUAACCAGCCAACACCUGCAGUUAAUGGCCGUGCCUUGUCACACACAGUGAACCCCAUGUCACAUACUUCAGGUCUAAAUCGCUUGUCGACAGUGAAGACUUCGUUACAAGUGCCUAUGAGUCACCAGAUGCAGAUGAAUGCUAUGAACCCAUAUGCCCCUGUUAACAGUUGCAACGGCUACGGAAGGGUGGGAAUUGUUUCCCUCCACCAGGAGAAGCUUCCCAGUGACUUAGAUGACAUGUUAAUUGAACGGUUGGACUGUGACAUGGAGUCGAUUAUUCGUAAUGACCUUAUGGAUGGAGAAACGUUAGAUUUUAACUUUGACAGUGUAUUGCCUAACCAAAGUUUUCAGCACAGCGUAAAGACAACCACACACAGUUGGGUGUCAGGAUAGGAUGUAGUAGGAGGCUACGGUUAAAUUCUCCAGACUUGUCUGACAGCAGGAACUGAGAAAAGCAGUACAAAGAUGUCCUUCACCUUCCUUUUUAAUUUUCUUGACAAAGCUGUGCGCGUACACUAGCUUUUUUUGGGGUCUUUUUUUUUUCUUUUCUUCUUCCUUUCGUCAGAGUUGGCAGCAGACUGAUUAUUUUCCUGUACAGGAUGUUUGCCCAAGGUUUGCAGGUUAUGUGCUGCUGUAGAUAAGAACUGUGCCAUUGGAAAUUUCAUUACUCUGAAGUGCCAAAUCCACUACACCAUAUAAUCACAGCAAAGACUCUUACUUACAUCAUGUCGUGCUUUCGGUUUUGUACAGUAUGAUCUGUAGAAGAAUUGUUUUUUAAGACUAUCUGUUUUGGUCCAAGAAAAGUUUAUAAACUUUUGUAAGAAUACUGUGAUGAUCUCAUGCCCUACGUAAGUUUAACCUUCAUUGAUGUUACCUGUGUUCUGAUGAUUUGAGAUAACUGUGGACUUGCCUUGCAGCAGUACGAACUGCUUCAUUCUACUUAAAAUUGUCACACAUUUCAUAUGGGAACAGAGUAGCCGGUUUAUAUGAUCCUACUAAACUCUCACUAUUCAAAGCAAACAGUAGGUUAAAUGCCAUUUGAUAAGUUACCUGUAUUCAUGUAAAUUUAUGCAAGAAUAUAUCUGGAUUUCAUUGUCAGACUAAUGACUUUGUUGUUGGACUUAAGAUAAUUUUUGGAAUACUUUCCAAGCUAUUUUUCUUAUAAUUAAAAUCUACUUUUGUUACAUAGGCAACUUGAAAAAUAAUUCUGAGAUCUGGCAGCAUUCAUAACCUCUUCAUUUUGUACAGUAUUUUAACUGGAUUAAGUACUUGUUUUUAUAAAUUUCCCUAGCACUUGGGAGUGCUAAUAAAGGAAAAGCUUAAUAAGUAUAUUGAAUACAAAACAUUUCUGUCCCUUUUUUGUUGUGUGAUGUAUAAAAAUAGACAACUUUAUGUUUAGGAAAUAUUUAAUCAGUUUUAUAUAUGCAUUUUUAGAAAUGUCAUCUGCUUCUGCUAUCAUUUUAACUCUGACUACCACAAAGUGUUAAGUACUCAUUGUUAGAUGCUUGUACAAUGCUUCUUCACACUUAUAUUUAUUUCAUGGAGGUCUCAUAAUGUUUGUACACCUGAGAGCAGGACCAUUUGGAGAAAAUUCAUGAUUUUGAUAAAAUUAAAGACAAAAUUGAUCUUUUCCUUACUUGGCACUGGUUUUAGAGUCUGUCCGUGUUUUUGUCAGCAUGCAGUAUAACUGAGGUGGCAAAAGUGCUACAUUUUAAUGGCAGGCUAAAACUUGUGUGACACCCCAUUACAGGAAAAUAAAAAGCAAAACUACUUUUUUUUUAAGUAAGAAAGAAAAAGUAAGUGGGAAAGUUACACAAACUCAAGAACCUUGGGAUAGGGGUGAGUAUUAAUGAUAGAGGCAUUGUUCCUGUGGAAACACUUGGUCUUGUUUGAGAGGCACAUUGACAGCUUCCUGAGGAUUUUUAGGGUUGGGUCAUUGAUAAGAGAUUUAUCUUUUUUUUUUUUUUUUGCAGUUAAUAAGGCAGUUUUCAUGGUUGUGUGGAGCAUGGGCCUCACCUGUCUUUCCAUUGGUCUACACACCAUUUAUGUUACAGAAAUCUUUGGAGCUGACGGGACAAACAGUUUAUGUGCUUGCAGAAGAAAGGGAGAAAAAUGAAUUUUCACUGAUUGUGGUUUUGUCUACGAUGCUCACAACUGGAAAAUGCUCUAAUUGAAACUCUGCUUCCCUGUAGUGAUGCUGUAUGGUGGAGAAAAAAAGGGGAUGUGCCAAGAAAAUGAAGUUCAGUAACAAGCCAUAUAUUUAAUGAUCCUGUUAGGACUUUCCUAAGACUCUGCAAUGCAUCUACUGAUGUGCUAGCAUUUAGCACCCUGUUGGGCUUAAAUGACUACUAACUACAGCUACUUUUUAGAUAUCUAAUUACAGUUGUCAGCAGUUCCGGGGGUUCAGGGAGCUGUCCUGUGAUACAGGAUCUCCCCCCGUGUGAUAGUGGUUUUUGAACUGUUGAGCAUUAAUUGUUUGUGGUGCCGAAGCCUGAGCAAAGCAGCCUGCUUUUAUGGCCAAAAACUUCAACUAGCAUCAUCACCAUCAACUUCACAUUCUCUAAGACUUGAUGGUAAACCCGGGCGGUGGGCUCACACAUGAGUUUCUGAAGUUCUUUCUUUCUGCUGCGUGCACAAAAAUGUUUGUUCCCAAAUGGGGAUUCAUAGCACAGUUCAAAGUAGGCACAAAAUCCACCUCUGUGCGCAAAGAAGGCAGUGCUUAACUAAGCUCUAUGGGGUUGCAGCUAAACAUGCUACAUUUAACCAUAUACCUCCUGUUUAUUAUUUACUGCUACUGUACAAAUUCCUAGAUACAGGUGUUUUCUUCCUUUCCUUUUAUAACUAUGAAUAUCAUAAAUGUAGCUGUCCCUGAGUUACAGCAGUCUGUAGGAAGCCCCUUUUAAUUACUGAAAGAAAACAGUUGUAGAUAAUCAGAGGUUUUGGGUCGUGUGGUCAAAUUUACUUUCUCUUGCAUGGUGCCAUCCUAAUAUUUUGCAAUUGUAAUUCUGGAAUACUGUGAAGUCUGAUGAAGGUGUUGUCUGCCUUGAAAGCAAACAUUAUGCGACCUCUGGUAAUAAAUCCUUUUCCAGUAAAAAGUACCGAGUUUCUGGAGUAACUUAGUUUGUCAGAAUUGUUGUAAAUGAUUGGUUUGUGAAUUGUGCGGAUGAUCUUACCUAUGCAGCCUUGUUUUUGACUUUUCUGGUUUGUACUGUUAUUAAAAGUUUAUUGUAUUAUAGAGCUGUUCAGAUAUUUUAAAUAUAAAGAUGUAUUGUUUCCAUAAUAUAGCUAUAUGAUAUAUGUUUAAGUAGUAGAUGCAUUAAUUGGAAAGCUCUGCUUUGAUAAACCGACAAUUUGCCUACACUUAUAAGCAAAAGUCACAUUGCUUAUUAUUGGCUUAAGUCAACAGAGCGUCCCUAAGAAGAGAAGGUAAAAUUGGACCAAUUAUAAAACAGUAUAAAAUUUGCACUUGUUAAACCACUGGAUGUAUGUUAGUACUUUUUUUAUUUUUUUACUGAUUUGAAAUUCCUAUUUUCAUGAUGAAAUUGCUAGGAUCCUUAAUUUAUGACUGAUUUUAAAUAAGGUAUUCUCAUUAUUAUUAUUAUUGUUUUGGUAAUCAUAAUGUAAGAUGCAGCAUGGUUUAUGCAAACAGAAAGCAAAUUACUUGGCAUUAAACCUGGCCUCCUUUUCGAGGGUGUUCCACAAACCAGCAAUAUCUGGAGAGAUUGGCAUGUACGUACCGCUAGCUCUACUUGCGAGUGGCGUGACAGCUCUUCAACGCUCCACUGCUCUGACUUAGUCACACAGCAGAAUUGAAAUUCAAACGUGGAUAUUUUCAGAAAAGUGCCUGAUGUACUUUUACAGACACACGAGAACAAUCCCUGACAGUUUGUUGUAUAAAGCCAUAAAUGUAUAUAAAUUAUGUUCAAAAGG